AUGGAGGCCAACGCGCCUCAGGGCAAUCGGCCCACCGGAGAGGUGAAGAAGCCGGACCCCAAGGUCACUCAGUUGGAAGACCAGUCCGUGAAGCAGAUGCAGGGCUUGAAGACGGACGGUCUUGCAUAUCGACCCGGCUAUGGUACUCAAGGCCGCCCCAUCGUGCUGCGGGCUAACUUCUUCGAAGUUGAGUUCAAGCCCAAUGUGGAGUAUUUCUUUUACUCCGUCUCCAUCCGCCCUGAGGGAGCCCUCAGAGGCCAGAUCAGAGAGGUGUUUGAGAAGCUCAUGCAGCUUCCCCACCUCCUCUCUUGCAAUUCUGCAAGUGACAGCGCCUCGGAGGUUGUCGCUUGCGGGAAAUUGCCCAUAGUUCCUGUGGACAUCAAGAUCGGUGACGACCCCUCUAGGCCCCAGAAAGUGUUUACAGUCACCUUAAGGGACAAUGGCGUUGUGCGACCUUCAGAGCUGCUGAGCAGUCUUCGUCAGACAGAUCCUCGGAGGGAGUAUGCAAUGGAGCUAAUUGCAGUGCGCUCGUUGAACCUGCUCAUGGGUCGACACCCAUCGCAGGAUCCUGGAGUCGUCACAACUGGUCGUGGUAGGACGAGGUGGUUCUGGAUUGACAGUCGAAUGACUGCUGCAGAUCUUCGAGGAGGUCUGCAAGUUGUUCGGGGUUACUUUUCUAGCAUGAGACUCGCAGGCGGACGAGUCCUCCUAAAUCUGAAUAGCACCUUCGGUCGUGAUCGGACUCUGUUCAAUCGCUAUAUCCGGGGUCUUCGAGUGCACGCCACCCACCUCCAGCCCACUCUUACGAAGUCGGGCAAGAAGAAGCCCCGAUCAAAAUCCAUCUGGGCACUCGCAUCCCCAAGUGAUGGCAGAGACGCCAAAGAUAAAAACGGUCGCCCACUUAAACAUCCUCCACAGGUUCCCCGGCUUGGUUCCUGCGCAAACCACGUGAAGUUCUACGAAGACACACACGAGCAGUACAUCAGUGUCGCGGACUAUUUCAAACGAACCUACAAUAUCGUCCUGAAAUAUGCCGACCGACCAGUGGUCAAUGUUGGUAGCAAGGAACGGCCAAUAUACUUACCCGCUGAGGUGUGUGUCAUCUUGCCCGGACAGCCCUACCAUGGGGACUAUGUCACGGUGCAGCGUCAGAACAUGAUUCAAUUCAGCUGCCGGCGCCCCCCACAGAACUACCAGUCAAUCAUGACUGACGGCUUGGACAUGAUGGGUAUCAACAAUGGGACCAUGAAAGUGGGAAUGAGAUUUCACAAAGAGAUGAUCACGGUGUACGGCCGGAUCCUCAAUCCUCCCAGCCUGAAGUACGGAGGAUCCAAAGUUCCUCCGCGGAAUGGCUCAUGGAACCUCGUGGGCAAGAAGUUCUGCCAGGGUGCCUCUCUCAAGAGGGGGACUUGCAUCUGGGUAAAAAUGGAGGGAGGCAGAGAUGUUUCCCAACCCGGCAAUCCUUCAGAUGCCUUGAAUGCCUUCCAGCGCAAGAUGAAUGAGCUGGGCAUGCGAAUGAGUCCACCAGUUGUUCCUGGCCCAACUAUCACCAUCAAGCUCAACGAGGAAGACAAGUCGAUCAACAUGAAAGACUUCAUGGAGCAAACCCAGAAGACUUUCCGAGCCUUAUUGGCGAAUGACUAUCGCUUUGUGGUCGUUCUCCUCCCGGUACUCGAGGAUCGCAUCUUCGACCACAUCAAAUGGAUCGGCGAGACUAGGGCAGGAGUAUUGACCCACUGUGUCAUGGCUGACAAGUUUGCGAAGUCGAAUGACCAAUACCUGGCAAACAAUGCCAUGAAAGUCAAUCUCAAACUUGGUGGUGUCAACCAAGCAUUGGACUCUUCGAGCCAGUCGCCUCUGAUAGCGAGUGGAAAGACCAUGAUCAUGGGACUGGAUGUUACCCAUCCUUCCAUGACGGAUCCAGAAUCGUUCCCUAGCAUUGCAGCUAUUGUUGCAAGCACUGACAGCUGGCUGGGCCAGUGGCCAGGUGAGGUGCGCAUUCAAGAGCGCCGCCGAGAGAAUAUUCAGAUCUUGAAGAACAUGGUGAUUUCCCGCUUGGAGAUGUGGCAGAAGUCGAACAACGGCCAGCUGCCAAAGAACAUCAUCAUCUAUCGAGAUGGUGUCAGUGACGGACAAUACACAAUGGUGCUCACGGAAGAGCUUCCAAUGGUGAAACAUGCUGCUCAGUCGAUGUACAAGCCUGAGGAGCAGCCGAACAUCACGAUUGUCGUUGUCGGAAAGCGCCACAAUGUGCGCUUUUAUCCAACCGCGGCAUCCGAUCAAGAUCGAACCCAGAAUGCCAUCAAUGGCACGGUGAUUGAUCGAGGUGUUACACGUCCUCGAGACUGGGACUUUUACAUGCAGGCCCAGGCUCCGCUGCAGGGCUCUGCUCGCCCAGCGCAUUACUUCGUCAUUCACGACGAAAUCUUCACAAAUCGGGAUGUUUCGAAAGAAUCUCGACCUGCGGAUUCACUCGAGUCUCUCACGCACAACAUCUGCUACAUGAUGGGCCGUUGCACCCGGUCUAUCAGCUACAGCACUCCUGCCUUCCUCGCAGACAAGUUCUGCGAUCGAGCUCGGAAAUAUGUGCGGGCAUACUACACGAACAAGGAGAUCACCACUGGCCAAGACAGGUUCACUCUUCAUCCUCCCAGUGAGCCUGAGGUGCGGCUUGCAAGUGCGGUCAGGGAUAGCAUGGUUUACAUUUGA